UUCUCAAAAAAAAAGAAAAAAAAAAAACUCACUCACUCUCUGCAAAUGAUAAACAAAUUUCUUAUUUCUAAACAAAAAUUGAUGAACAAAUUUGUAAUGGGUUUCGUGAUCCUCAUCAUCAUCUCUUGUUAUCCGGCAUUACAUUAGGUUAGUUUUGAUAUUCGAUUUCAAAAUGUAAACUUUAGCAGAAAUUGGAUUCAAUUUAAGAAUCCAGCAGAGUGUAAAUUAAUUUGUGGGUUUCAGUAAUUAAUUCUACAUUCUUCUGGAUUCUUAACUUGAUGAAUUUCAAAAUGGAUUACUCUUUCUGUGUGACCUAAUUUGCAGACUGGAGACAAGUGAGUAGAAUUUCCAACACUAGAACACAUAUUGGAUCUGGAAGCUGCUAUCUCUCAACUCUCAAGCUUUAGUGUUGUCACCAACAACAGUAUUGACGCCAGAAGAAGAUGCCGAUAAGAGUAGCAAUGCUACAGCUAAAGUUUCAGAAAACGUGAAAGAGACACCAUCGGUAGUGUUUGAGGAGAUCAUGCAGGCGUUACCUGAGGAUAAUCAUAAUGAACAAUAUCAGCAGCCGCCAUUUGAACAUCAACUUUGUGAUUUCAUAGGAAAUCAUACGACUAUGGAGCGGAACCUUAAAUUAACUGUACGACGCAGCAUCUGAUGGUGACUGGGAAAAGGCUAAUAGGUUUUUUGAAAACAAUCCACAAGCAAUUCGAGAAGUGGUCACUGAAGAACUAGAAACAGCGCUGCAUAUAGCUGUACACAGGAAUCACUCAGUGUUUAUAGAGGAGAUUGUGAGAAUCAUGCCACCUGAAGUACUGGAAUAUAAAAUAAAAAAUUCUAAAUUUACAGCACUUCACUUAGCUGUCAAGUACGGAAAUCUUAAAGCAGCUGAGAUGAUGGUUAAGAAGAACCAGAAGUUGACUCAGAUACGCAAUAGCGAUGGAUGGGUACCCCUAGCUUAUGCUCUUGCGUAUACUACAGGUGCACAGAAAGAGAUAGUUGAGUACCUUUACUCUGUAACUAAUGAUGAGGACCCAAGUCCAUUCUUGGGUCAUGAUGGUGCUAGCCUACUGUGUGAUGCAAUUAAUCAAGAGUUUUACGAUAUAGCGUCAUCUCUUGUCCACCGAUUUCCAGCAUUGGUUAGUACGAAGUCGAAGCGAUCUAAGCAAUAUGGAUUCGAAAUACUUGUUGGGAAGCCGUCAACAUUCUUAAGCGGAGCUAAGCUAACAUGGUGGCAGCGUUGCAUUUAUUCAUUAGUUCAAGUGGACAUGGAUGCUGUGCAUGGCUACGACAGCCAAGUAGAUGACAAAAACGCUUGGGAAAUAGAUGAAAGGGACGAAAGAGAAAAUGGUAAAUGUUCAGAGAGGACCGGAUCAGACGAAGAGAACCCUUCACAAAGCAUAAGGGCAAAUAUUGAGGAUGCAGGGAACUCUUCAAAGAGCUCAGAUGGCAUCAUAGGAGAUGAAGAUCAUCUUUCAGUGGGCUAUAAAGUCCCCUUAUCAACUAGUAAAGACCCAUCAAUAAUCCAGUCCAUCUCCAUCCUCUCCAUGCCUUACCUAAUGCGAGCUCUGCAGAUGCAACAUGAAUUACAGUGGUUCAAGGGCGUGGAAAGUAUCCUACUCAAGAAAAAAAGGUUCAGCCCAAACAUAGAUGGAGAUACAGCUCAGUCAAUAUUUACAGAGGAACAUAAAGAUUUAGUGGUGAAAGGCGAGAAAUGGAUGAAGGAUACAUCUGGAUCUUGCAUGGUAGUAGCUACCCUCAUUGCUACUGUAGCAUUUGCAGCUGCUUUUACUAACCCUGGAGGUAAUAUAAGUGAUAGUAAUAGCAGCAAAAACGGCACUCCAGUUUUCUUGGGAAGUACAUCAUUUAUCGUAUUCGUGGUGGCUGAUGCGUUAGCUCUAUUUUCUUCGAUCACGUCAGUACUUAUGUUUUUAGCUUUAUACACGUCAAGGUAUGCAGAAGAAGAAUUCCUCACGUCCCUUCCACGAAAACUUGUUAUGGGUCUUGGAACUUUAUUCAUAUGGAUGGCUACCAUAUUGGUAGCUUUUAGUGCAGCACUGUCCAUUGCGCUUGAAGAUAGGUGUGUCUGGGCACCAAUUCCUAUGGCGUUAUUUAGUUGUGUUCCUGUAUUGCUAUUUGUAAUGCUGCAGCUACCAUUGUUUGUUGAAAUUGUUCGUUCUGCGUACUGGGGUAGCCUCUUUUCAAAACAUAGAUAUGUGCAAUCUAGUGUUGAUAAAUAUGAUAGUAUAAAGAAAGAUAACUGA